AUACUACAACGUACAACCACGACAGCCCGAAUACAAAUGCAUUGAGAGAAAUCUGCAGUACGACUGUGUGUUCUACGAUGUGCACAUUGACAUGCAAACGCAAGACGUAUACUUUGGCUUUGAGGAUAUAACACUAAACAACCAGAAGAUUGUUACCUUCAAAAACUCUACCAUGCGUAAACUGCCCGCUGCUUUACUCGCCUCCUUCCGCCAGGUUGAGGUGCUCAAUCUGAACGACCUGCAGAUAGAGCAGAUCGAUACGAACGCGUUCGCUUACGCGCACACAAUUCAGAAGCUGUACAUGGGAUUCAAUGCGAUUCGAUAUUUGCCACCGUACGUGUUUCAGAACGUCCCAUCGCUCACGGUGCUUGUGCUGGAACGGAACGAUUUAACCAGCCUGCCACGCGGAAUCUUCCACAACACACCCAAGCUCAGCAUGCUGUCGAUGUCAAACAACAACCUGGAGCGCAUCGAAGACGAAACUUUCCAAGCAACUACAACGCUUCAAAAUCUUCAACUGUCCAGCAACAGGCUUACGCAUGUUGACCUUUCUCUCAUUCCCAGUCUCUUCCACGUCAACGUCAGUUACAACCUGCUCUCAACGCUUGCCAUACCGAUCGCGGUCGAAGAGCUAGACGCAUCGCACAAUAGCAUCAACGCCGUACGCGGGCCCGUCAACAUGGAGUUGACCAUUCUGAAGCUGCAACACAACAACUUGACUGACACUGCCUGGCUGGUGAAUUAUCCCGGACUGGUUGAGGUGGAUCUUUCCUACAACGAGUUGGAGAAGAUAAUGUAUCGCUACUUUGUCAAAAUGCAGCGCUUGGAGCGACUGUACGUCUCCAACAACCGCCUUGUGGCGCUCAAUCUUUACGGUCAACCCAUCCCAACGCUCAAAGUGCUCGAUCUGUCGCACAACCAUCUGCUGCACGUGGAACGUAACCAGCCGCAGUUUGAUAGGGUGGAGUACCUUUACCUUGACCACAACUCCAUCGUGACGCUUAAGCUUAGCACCAGUCAUACGCUAAAGAAUCUUACACUAUCUCACAACGACUGGGAUUGUAACAGUUUACGUGCACUUUUCAUAAACGUAGCCCAACCUGUGGUAGACGAUGCUGACCAGCACUGCAAGAUCGACUACCAACUCGAGCAUGGUCUCUGUUGCAAAGAAAGUGACAAUCCGUAUCUGGACCGGCUAUUACAGUACAUCGCCCUGACAAGCGUGGCGGAAAAGUUGCAGCGUGCACAAGGACGCUGCAGUGCCACAGAUGCCAUCAACAGCGUGCAAAGUCUGUCCCACUACAUCACACAGCAGGGUGAUGUGCCACUGCAGGGUAACGAACAGCUCGAGGCCGAAGUCAACGAGCUGAGGGCUGCGGUGCAGCAGCUAACCAUCGAGCAGAUCCAACAGCAGCAGCUCCUAGCAAGACUGCAAGCCGAGAUCGAUACCAAUCUACAACGCUACCACCUGCCGAAAGAUGAGUUAGCACGCCCGAGUGAUAGUCUUAACAAACUAUUCACCCACCUGAAGGAACGCCAUUUGCAUGAGUUGGUGAAUUUACUCAAUCAUAACAUUUGUUUUCAUUUUCACGCCACGCCAUUAUCACUGGGUAUUUCCGUAACGAAUUCUUCUCUCAGUCGGCUGAGCAAGUUCUACCGUAGGUGUCAUUGCACAGUUUCAAUCCAUCAGUCGAAGAAGAAACACAGUUUUUCUGUUUUGAGUGCCACAAUGUGCUGGUUACGCGCCGUAUCUCUAAUCAGUAUGAUCUUUUCAGCCAGUACCUACGGAGGACAGCUAUCCUACAAAAGUAUGCACUUGACUCCUUUCACUUUGAGUGCUUUACUCGCCUCCUUCCACAAGGUUGAGGUGCUCAAUCUGAACGGCCUGCAGAUAGAGGAGAUCGAUACGAACGCGUUUGCUUACGCGCACACAAUACAGAAGCUGUACAUGAGAUUCAAUGUGAUUAGAUAUUUGCCACCACACGUGUUUCAGAACGUCCCACUGCUCACGGUGCUUAUGCUGGACCGGAACGAUUUAUCCAGCCUGCCACCCGGAAUCUUCCACAACACACCCAAGCUCACCAUGCUGUCGAUGUCAAACAACAACCUGGAACGCAUCGAAGACGACACUUUCCAAGCGACUACAUCGCUUCAAAAUCUUCAACUGUCCAGCAACAGGCUUACGCAUGUUGACCUUGCUCUCAUUCCCAGUCUCUUCCACGUCAACGUCAGUUACAACCUGCUCUCAACGCUUGCCAUACCGAUCGCAGUCGAAGAACUAGACGCAUCGCACAAUAGCAUCAACGUCGUACGCGGGCCCGUCAACGUGGAGUUGACCAUUCUGAAGCUGCAACACAACAACUUGACUGACACUGCCUGGCUGCUGAACUAUCCUGGACUGACCGACGUGGAUCUUUCCUACAACCAGUUGGAGAUAAUAACGAUCCACCACUUUGUCACCAUGCAGCGCUUGGAGCGGCUGCACGUCUCCAACAACCGCCUUGUAGCGUUCGACCUUUACGGCCGACCCAUCCCAACGCUCAAAGUGCUCGAUCUGUCGCACAACCAUUUGAUGUGGGUGGAACAUAAUCAGGCGCAGUUUGAUAAGCUUCAGUACCUUUAUCUCGACCACAACUCCAUCGUGACGCUUAAGCUUAGCACCAGUCAUACGAUAAAGAAUCUUACACUAUCGCAUAAUGACUGGGAUUGUAACAGUUUACGUGCACUUUUCAGAAACGUAGCCCGACCUGUGGUAGACGAUGCUGACCAGUACUGCAAGAUCGACUAUCACCUUGAGCAUGGUCUCUGCUGCAAAGAAAGUGACAAGCCGUAUCUGGACCGGCUAUUACAGUACAUCGCCAUGACGAGCGUGGUUGAGAAACAGCGUAAAAAUGAACCGUGCAGUGCCACAGAUGCCAUCAACAGCGCGCAGAGUCUGUACCACUACAUCACACAGCAGGCUGUUGUGUCACUGCAGGGUAACGAACAGCUCGAGGCCGAAGUCAACGAGCUGAGGGCUGAGGUGCAGCAGCUAACCAACGAGCAGAUACAACAGGAGCAGCUCCUGCAGGGGCUACACGCCGAGAUCGAUACCAAUCUGCGACGGUUCCGCCUGUCCAAGGAUGAACUAGCGCGCCCGAGCGAAAAUCUAAAUAAAGUGUUUACCCAUCUCAAGGAGCGGCACGCGUUUAAGUUGCGUGAAACUCAGGCACGCCGUACGGAGGCGGAUGCUAAGCAGAAGGAAACGGAGCACCUGGAACAGGAAAACAUUGCACUUGAGCGGCAGUUGGAUAAUAAGAAUACAAUGCAGAUUCUGUUGAGACAGCUGACGUUGCUGAAGCGUCAACAAAUAAAGCAAUUACUCGCAAAGCUCAGCAAACACAGACCCAUCUAGGGCGGUUCGACUGUACCAUACUUGGAGAUGCUUCUCCUUCGGCAAACACACAAGAUUCGUCG